AUGUUGUCCAAUUUGUUCUCUCUCUUCCAUUCCUCAAGAUCAGCCAGGGCUCCUACAUCCCGGUACAGACCCUUAGGAAUCGUAGGCGAAGACCACUUUAACCUCCUCGCGUCCCUACAGGUGGCUGUCCGCGACGAAUCGUUGCAAUGCGAAAAGCCAUCUUCCGCGGCCGAAAUGCUCCACGGCACGAAUGGGCCAAAUCUGAGGAAGCAGGUACGUACCGAGUGCUUGUUCUCUCCCGUUCCCUUUUCUUCUGUUAUCCCCGCCAAUGAGCAGACCCAGGUUUUAGAGAAUUAGGAGGGGAGGGAGUGGAGUGGAAAAGAAAGCACUUUUUUUCACAGGACCUGAUCUGUGCUUUUCGCCCCUCUUUUUCUGUUCCAAAUUACUCCUUGAGUUCUCUUUUUCUCCCCCCCACCGGAAUAUGACAGGUGCUGACUCCAACGCAAUAGGGCCGCUUGUGUUUAACUUUUGCUCUAAAAAACUGCACUUCCACUUCCGCCCCGGAGAAGAUCCGCGUUGCGAACAAACUUGAAGAGGCUAUUGACGCUGCAUACUCGGAGGGAGAUUAUAGGCAUAGGAUAUAUCGUAUUGGCGGAUGCCUUAAUGUAACUCCUUCCCCUUCUUCCUUUGCUUCCCCUUGCUUCCCCUUACUUCGAUACCUUACAGCCGGUGUGACCAACGGGCGAGGAAGUGGUGUUGCUAACGCAACGUCAGGAAAACCCACUGCUCCUCCAGGGCAUCCUAGCCGGUGAAUUAGCUGUUGAGCAAGUUGCUGUUGCGGGCGCUGUUGUUCGUAUUCUCCUCCCCGAACCCCACGCCAACGUCCAGCGACUAACCAAUAUAUUGCUAUAGGGCUCGUCAUCACCCCCCUCCCCGAUCCACGAGAAGGGAAGCGCGUUCGGGAUGGAGUCUGGAUGGUGCUAGUGCAAGCGUAGAAAGACAGACAACAAACAAGCAUAGAUGCGAAGUGAAGUGGAGCAGCUAUUUUCUGGGACCCUCGGAGACUUGCCAUUUCUCUUCCCUCGUAUCAUAGAUCUUGGACUAUGUGUUUUUCUUUUUUUCUUUUUUUCCUUCUUUCUUCUCUUUCCCAUAGGCAAUUCAUGUAGAUUAUUUAGAAUGCAGGAACCAUUCAUGUAA